CGAUUUGAUUAUGUCCAUCCAGAGCAAGCGCUCUUCAUGAUCAAGGACCGAGUUCAAAAACCUCUCGAGUCCAUUGCAAAAUAUUGAAACCGGUUCUACCGAAUGUUUGUGAAAACUGAGCGGGGCGAGCAAGUAGGGAAAGAUCUGUUUAUUGAUGGACUUCGCAGCCGAACGAUAAGGGCAAAACUCCGAAAACAGUUCUCCCUCAUCAAUCACACGCUCCAACAGAUUAUGGCAGCUGUAGAGGAAAUGCAGCGGAAGAUCGCGGCGAUUUUCCUAGAAGGAGAAAACUAUCCCAAGGAAGGAGACUCGUCCGAACUUGCGAGGGCAAAAGCUGAGCUGGCAGCGUUGCAAAACAAGUUCGAAAACAUGGGGUUCGUGUCAGGCCCUGUUACCUAUCUAGAACAGAUAACCCCUAAGCGACCGGCCCCGAGUGUGAUCACGAGCAUCCCAGUUCCCGUGAUGCCAGCACCUGUAAUGACGGCACCCCCGCCACCAAUUGAGAACCCUGCAAGAUCGAAUGAAUUGACCGCCAUUUUGGAACUGACCAAAACGCUAAUUAGCCUAAUCCAGGAAAGUAAGAAGGAACAACGAGAACAUAAUGCUCGGAUGGAGGCUAUGAUGAGGAGCACGCGACCCAUCGCAGUACAAGCCGCCCCGAUUCAACAAGGACUGGCUCCGGCACAUGUUCUCGGAGGGGCCGCGGGCAAUCUGAACGUCUGUUAUGCAUGCCACCAACCGGGGCAUCUAGCCCCAGAUUGCCCUCACCGACCCCCGCAACAACGAGUCGGAGCCGCACCAGUAGCUGCAGCCCCCAUUGCUAACGGACCUGAACGAGUAGGAGCUCUAAUGGAAGAAAUGGAAGGCAGAGGUAGUGCGUUAGCUGCCACGGAGGAGGUUGUCGAGCUCAUUCCGUUGGAUCAAUAUGUAUCGCUUGGGUAUCCAGGGCUAGGAAUGAUUGGAACGAUCAGACCUGCGCCAGGACAUAAAGAGGUGGCGAAAUGGCGACCUUCUCCAGGAGAAAUGGAGUCGGGAGGACCCACCUUUGUCACUGGCGAGAUCGAUGUUUUGAACAUCGCCCGAGCAUUAGACCAUCGGAUUCCUCGUCCAAUCGGGGCAGAGAUCAAAUCUUUGGAACCCCCUGAGCGCCUCGAGAACGGACUCGGAAUCAAGAUCGCCACGAAACCCGUGCCGUGGCAGGACGUUCGAGACGGAGUGACGCCUGAGGAACACGUGGCCAUCCGAGAAGAGAAUGCGCAGAUGAUGGCCACGGUGUUCUCCUGGGGAUCUGAUAACUCGUUCAUCUUCGCGCUCCCGGCGAAGAACAAGCGAAUGAAUACGAAACAUAUUAACGUACGAAUAUGGGACGAGCCAUAUGAGUUGCACGUACCGCGAUACGUCGCGGCGGUAAAAGAAGCUCUUGUUCCCACGUCACUAAAGCAGUUUCGAGCCUUCUUGGGGCUAGCUUCAUACUAUCGACGGUUCAUCAAGGGCUUCGCCGCGAUUGCGCGACCCUUAACGAACCUGCUGCGGAAGGACCARCCCCUCAGUUGGGACGCGGAGUGCGAGCAGGCCUUCGCGACCCUCAAGGAAACCCUGGCGACGRCACCUAUUUUGAUCCGACCGGACCCCUCGAAGCAGUUCAUUCUCAUCACGGACUGGCAGCCGGAGGCUAUUUCCGCUAUUUUAGCACAAAAGGGGAACGAUGGCCGCGAACAUGUCAUCGAGYAUGCGUCGCAAACGGUACCGGACGAACGAAGGAAUGACUCCGCCCCGCAGGGAGAAUGUUACGCAGUAAGGUGGGGAAUCCAASACUUCCAUCCGUAUCGGUACGAACAAAAGUUCCUCGUCGUCACCGAUCAUGAGCCCCUGUUAGCACKRAAGAAACUCUCUAAUUACACGGGCAUGAUUGGCCGAUGGGCAGUGCGCCUACAAGAGUACGACUUCGACAUCAUCCAUCGAAAGACGGAGAGACACGGCAACGCGGACGGGUUGACACGUUUGCAACGACCAGCUAAAGUGCCUAAAAGGCUCAGCGAGCUUUGUCAUCCAAGGCGCAAUCAGGAUCUUCUACGACUGGCACAGUUCUUCUGCACCUCGGGAGUGUACGCAGCGGCCGAGUUCCGAUUCGCGGGCAGWUCUCAGGCGGUCGUGUUGGCAGAAGCGGUGUCCGUUCAUCGGCAGUCAGCCCCAGGUAUUAGCCACGUGUCCACGGUCGUUGGCUUCACCGACGAUAUCAGUACGGUCAGUGCGCUGAGGCAUACGGCCAUCCGAACGUCAUUAAGGGAGGGAGUGGAACCGCUGGCUUACACGCCACGGAGAUAAUCUCUUCCCCACGGACGACAUCGAGCUCGGUGGCAUUCGAGCGUUCCAACACGAGCCAGCGGUGGUGCUGUCGGAACUCAUCCCCUUCCAGCGUCCCCAAUGAACCGCUCCCAACUCU